AUGGUUGUGGUGAGAGAGAAAAGAGAACAGAGAAAGAGAGAGAGAAUAAGCUGAGGUGAAUGUUUUGAAGGAGAAGCCGAAAACAGAGAGAGAAACGAAUGGCGCCGAUAGGUUUACCGCCCGGUUUUAGGUUUCACCCGACCGACGAGGAGCUCGUUAACUACUAUCUCAAGAGGAAGAUCAAUGGCCUAGAGAUCGAGCUUGACAUCAUUCCUGAGGUUGAUCUCUACAAAUGUGAACCGUGGGAAUUAGCAGAGAAAUCGUUUCUUCCGAGUAGAGACCCUGAGUGGUACUUCUUCGGGCCGCGGGAUCGGAAAUACCCAAACGGGUUCAGGACCAACCGAGCGACGCGGGCCGGGUACUGGAAGUCGACCGGGAAAGAUCGGAGGGUGAUGUGCCAGAACCGAGCGAUCGGGAUGAAGAAGACUUUGGUUUACUACCGAGGGCGAGCUCCUCAGGGAAUUCGGACUCACUGGGUGAUGCACGAGUACCGGCUCGACGACAAGGAAUGCGAGGAUACGUCCGGAAUGCAGGAUUCUUACGCAUUGUGUCGCGUGUUCAAGAAAAACGGGAUGUGUGCUGAAGGGGAAGAGCCAGCCGGGCAAUCCAGCUCGGCCUCGAUAGAGACCUCGCGGGGGUUGAUGAACGACUAUGAGACGAUGUCGCCCGACACGCUCCUCGGGCAGUCCUCGUGCAUCGACGAGGAGGAAAAGGACGACUCGUGGAUGCAGUUCAUCACGGACGACGCAUGGUACUCAUCGAGCACUGCUCCAAAGGAUGGAUCAGAGGAAGUCUCUACGCUCUAACGGGAAGGCAUUCACAAGUUUGAAGGCCGAGCUAUCGAUAUCGGUACAUGGUUGGCGGUGAAUAACGCGAUGAGCAUUACUUCACUUAUACAUAAUAAGCCACGGGAUUUGUAAAUCUUUCUUCUACCUUAGCUUAUUACUUUUUGGGGAGUACAAGUUGUUGCUA